CAGGCCGACAUGUGUGUAGUUUCUCUCCUGACUCACCUCCAGACGUGAACUUGAUGUUGAGGAGUUGAAGGCAGACUGGACUUAAAAACAGGGAGGUUGGCGACAUGAGCGCGGAUUCCAUAAAAUGAAAUAAAAAACAUCUCGCAGUCACACAAAUGGAUCGUUUUACUUUCUGCGGUGCUCGUUGCACAAGGACAGGCUCAUUGGUUGUGACAAGAGAUUCCACAGGAUGCAGACAAGCCUCAGCCGGCCCAAAGUGUUGUCUCACAUAGAUCAGCUGAACACAACAGUUUCACCCUCCUUCCCCCAAUGAGUCACAACAGGUCUGCCAAUUGAGUUAUUUUUAUUAUCUAACUAACCCAUAACCAUGAGGGUCAGCCUGCAUUCCAUUGUUUAGUCUUUUAUUCAACACAAAGGUGAAGGUGAGGUGAAUUAAGGGCGCAGUAACAGGGAAAGAAAGAGAAAGAAAAGUGGAUACGUGGUAAAAGAUUGCACGGAAAAUCAAAAAUGCAAAGGCCGACAAUACAAAGCCGUUUUUAGACAUACAGUAAUGAAUGAAUGAAAAUCAAAACUGACACAAUACUAACUCGUACUCAACGGUGCAUUCACAGACUGCAUUUUAAAGCAGGGGUGUCCAAACCUUUUCCACGAGGGUCACAUCCUGCAAAAUGAAAGGACGCAAGGGCCACUUUGAAAUUUUGGAAAGCAACACACGGAGAUAUGCUAAGAAGUUAUAUUUCAAGAAAAAAAUGCAUGUCAGGUUUGCGAUACAAGUGUAAAAGCGUAUUAUUAGUAUGAACUCUUUUUUUCCCCCAUUUUUGCUGUUUUUGUUGUUUUCUGUGUUUUUGUUUUCCCAAUAUGUCAACUUUCCUAUAAAAUAAUCGUAAAUUUUCUUUUUGUAAUAUAUCAAGACUUUAUUCCCAUAUUAUAAUGUUUGACCCAACCUAAUAUUCCAAAAAUGAAAACUUUAUUCUGUUUUGUUUGUCAUAAGGUUGUCUUACUACUUAAAAAAAAACCAACUGAUUUUUUCUUUAAUAUUUCAACUCUAUGCUACUAAAAUGACAUUAUUUUUCCUUAUAAUAUUACCAGUUUAUUCUUGUAAAUUUAUUCUUUCAUUUCUGCUAUUUUUUUUUCUCCAACUACUGCAACUUUCUUGUAAAAUUUCUUGCUUGUUUGUUUGUUUGUUUGUUUAUUUGUGCGUUUUAAGCUGCUAUCAUCUUGCAAUUAUGGCUCUAUUGCCAUAACAUAGAACUGACAAGAUAACUUUUUCCGCAUCCUAAUUUCCCAAGAAUGACGACUUUAUUUGUUGUUUUGUUUGUUUUUUGCAAUAUUACAACUUUAAUUGAUGUGACUAAAAUGACAUUAUUUUUCCUCAAAAUAUCACACCUAAAAUUACGACUUUUUCUCGUUAGAUUACAACUUUUUUCCUUUUAAUAUUUUUACUUCAGUCUUGUAAAAUUACAGCAAAUGUUUCCAUUUUUGCUGUUGUUGUUGUUUUUUUUUUAAAUUAUAUUUUUAGAAUGUGCUGCAGGUGAAUAACAACACAGCCACAGGCCGCAAAUGGCCCCCGGGCAGCACUCUGGAUGCUCCUGAUUUAACGUAUACUACAUAACCAUAUACAAUAAUAUAAUAACCUAAUAAUAGUUAAAUCCAUAUUGUGUAGCUAAAUAUGCUUACUAAAUGAAUACAGUAACAUUCAUUGCAUGCACUGGUAUGAGACAUAAAUACUUUGACUCUUAUCUUUGUCAUCUUUUUAUUUGCUUGUCUGCCACCGCGGGCCUCGGGUUACGACUGAGUUCCGUUCCGAGACUGUGCGAGGAAGUUGAAGGAUGGUGACAUGUCACAGGAAGAGAGUAGACCUACCCCCUCCUGGUCCGAGGAACAUUGCGAGGAGCUGUGGGAUCGCGUGGAAGGAGUGCGACACAAGCUCACCCGCAUCCUCAACCCGGCCAAACUCACCCCGUAUUUGCGUCAGUGCAAGGUCAUUGAUGAACAGGACGAAGACGAGGUGCUCAACUCCACCCAGUACCCUCUACGCAUCAGCAAGGCCGGCCGUUUGCUGGACAUUCUGCGUUGUCAGGGCCAGCGAGGUCUUCAGGCCUUCAUGGAGUCCCUGGAGUUUUACCAUCCGGAGCAAUACACACAGCUGACAGGAGAGCAGCCGACACAGCGCUGCUCCCUCAUUCUGGAUGAGGAAGGCCCAGAGGGUCUGACUCAGUUUCUGCUGCUUGAGGUCCGCAAAUUAAGAGCGCAGCUUCGAAACAGCCGGAUGUGUGAACGCCGUUUGUCUCAGCGCUGUCGGGUGGCGGAAGAGGAACGUGGCCGUGCUGAACGUAAAGCUCAGGAGUUGCGUCACGACAGACUGCAGCUAGAAAGGCUUCGUCAAGACUGGGAGUCGGCCAGCCGAGAGCUGGGCAAGCUGAAAGACAGACAUCUGGAGCAGUCCCUGAAGUACUCCAGGACACUGGAGGAGCAAAGCAAAGCCUCCAUGCGAGAGAGAGAACUGCUCAAGCAAGUAGAAGAGCUGAAGUCCAGGUUGACGGAGGCAGAGACACAAACUGUCAAUGCUGAAGGAAGUCUGACUCCAAACAAAAAGAGCAGCCUGCUGUCCACUGGAGGACAUGGUUGUCCACCAGCUUUACCAGAAAAGCCACCGUACCGUAUUGAGGAUCUGAAAAGAGAGAACAAAGGAGCUCAGAUGAGAGAUCCAAUUCCCUCUUCUGGCGUCAUAGCACUGAUGGAUAUCCUGCAGCAGGAUCGCAGAGAGGCUGCAGAGCAGAGACAGGAGCUCUGCAACAUCAUCACCAGACUUCAGGGGGAGAUACAGAGCACUGAGGAGCACAGGGACAAGCUACAAUCACAGUGCGAGCAGCUACAGCUGAAGGUGAGGACUCUCCAGCUGGACUGGGAGACAGAGCAGAAGAGAAGCAUGUCCUACUUUAACCAGAUCAUGGAACUGGAAAAGGAGAGGGACCAGGCUCUGCGCAGUCGCGACAGCCUGCAGCUGGAGUACACCGACUGUCUGCUGGACAAGAAUCGGCUGCGCAAAAGCAUCGCAGAGUUGCAAGCCAACCUGGAGCAGCAGCAGAGGGAGCUAGAGCGAGAGACGGAAAAGCAAAUGGAGCAGCGGAGUCCCUGCUUGCACUGUUCCCACUUGUCUCUGUGCAGUGAAGACCAAUGCUACGGCCCCUGCUGCUCCCUCGGCCUGGACCUGAGCCUUCCGGCUAAUGGUUCCCAUCUUCAGUUACGCAAGGGGCCUUCUAGAAGCCAAGCCAAUGACAACUUGGAGAAUUCUCAUUCUAACUCUGAGGAGAAUCUGCUGUCGUCAACAGAAGAUAAUGAGAAGGAAAUAAAUCGCCUUUCAACAUUCCCGUUCCCCCCUUGUAUGAACUCCAUCAACAGAAGAUUCAACACUGAGUUCGACUUGGACUCUUGGGGUAGCGAUGAGAAUGACAACAUUGCAGGUGAACAAAGUGAACCUUCUCUAUGCGAUUCCUGGAACUCCCUACACUCUCAUCUCUUCCCCCCUGACCUGGUCAACCUGCCGGUUGUUAACUCACAUCGACACAGUCCCAGCAGUCCCAGGAUACCACCAGUCUCUCCAACCUCGAGUCCCCCUAUCCCACCCACGCAUGGAAGAACCACCCUGGCUGAUGAUAUUACAAUCAUUGGUGGAAAUCAAACAGGGAUCUUUGUCAGCUAUGUUAAAGCUGGUUCAGUAGCAGAACAAUGUGGACUAAAGGAGGGAAGUGAGCUCCUUGAGCUAGAGCGGGUUCUGUUUGGUGGGGGAAGUGUUCUGUUCAGCCAGUGCACUGCUGAGGUAGCGCACUUUUCUCUCCAGUGGUGGACUGAACCUUCCACGCUCAAACACCAGAGCAACCAAGCGGCAUACACCAAGCUUUGCUCCCAGCUCUCCUUGCCGACCUUCAUGGGUGCCGACUCCUUUUAUGUUCGGGUCAAUCUCAACAUCGAGCCUCUUGGUGACCCACCGUCUCUGGGUGUGUCUUGUGAUGACAUCAUACAUGUCACGGACACGCGGUGCAACGGGAAAUAUCACUGGCGCUGUUCCCUGGUGGACCCUUGCACAGCCAACCCGCUUCAGGCAGGAAACAUGCCCAACUAUAACAGGGCACAGCAGUUGUUAAUUGUCAAGUUACGGAAAAUGACCCUGAAGCAAAAGAACUUCAAAAAAAAGUUCAUGAAGAAAUGUUCUGGUCGUGUUCGACUCGUAAAGGCUGUGGACCCCACCUGCCGUGGAAUUGGGUCCACAAAGCAGGUUCUUUACACACUGAACAAACGGCACGAGGAUCACUUGAUCCCAUACAGCUUAGUGCAGCCAGUGAAGGUUCACUCAAAGCGGCCUGUCAUCUUCUCGCCAUCUCUCCUCUCCCGCGACCUCAUUGAGAGACUUCUGCAGCCUGUGGAGUCUGGUUUGCAAUACAACACCUGUGCACCAGAGACGAUACCUGCAUCUGAGAAGAGAGACAAGAGAAUAUUUUUGUUGGAUUCCCACGCUCAAGAGCCAGCGCUGGGCAUACGGCUACAGUCCAUACAGGAUGUCAUCAGCCAGGACAAGCAUUGUUUGUUAGAGCUGGGGCUGCCCUGUGUUGAGGGUUUGCUGAGACAAGGGAUUUACCCCAUUGUCAUCCGCAUCCUCCCGAAGAGUAAAAAACACAAGAAGCUGAGAAAGUUUUUUCCACGGUGUGGAGACGAAAGCGUGAUGGAGGAGAUGUGCCAGACAGAGGAGUUGCAGCUGGAGACUCUGCCACUGCUCUACCCCACCUUGGAGUCCAGCACAUGGAGCUGCAUGGAGGAGCUGCUGGCGGCCAUACGCAAUAUCAUCAUAAGCCAGCAGAUGGCAGUAGCAUGGGUUGAACUAGACCGGCUGCAGUAGAGUAGAAAGAAAGUGUUAUUUAACAGAAUGUGUCGCUAAACCACAACCAGAGUUGUACAGUACAUUCCUGUCAAAUUGACUUUUAAUCCACCUGGGUGUGACCAGCAAUGCCAACAUUCUCAAUGGUUAUGUAGAGCCAAAAAUAUUUUUGGCACAAACAUGGCUGGACUUGUUCGCUAUUCAAACAUGGCUGUGCUUACUGAGCUUAUUACUACAUGAAACUCAUGAGAAUAUAACAGCUCUUUCCUCAAUGGAUUCAAGAUCAACAUUCAAGAUUCUUGUACUCGCUGCCAAUGUAAUUGUUACCAGCAUUAUAACCAGCAAUGUGCACAUUUUUAGUCAUUUGAGUCACUGGUCGUUAAGGGCGUACUCACACUAGGCCGCACUGUGCUGGACAUGGACACGAAUCCCUCUCCCUUUCCUGGCCCCCGCUGGCCUGUGCUCACACUGAGCACGGGUGCUUGUCCCAUCACUUCAAUUCUGAUGGAUUACGGCUUUUUCCCUGACUUUUUGGAUUAUUCCUAGUCUUAUUCCAAGUCGUUCUGAAUAUUUCUUUCGCGUAAGGUGGCAGCUGUCAUUCAUUAGUAGUGAGAGGAGCAAUCACAUGAUAUAAAGGACACCUCUUAAUUGCAAAUACUGUAUGAAUGUAGUGUAGUCGCGAGUGAGUGAGCCUGCUGUGGGUUUGACUUUGGGAAUAUCCAUGUUCCCCUUCUUUUGUAAUGCAAAUGUGAGAAGUGGGCUCAGGGUCGGAACAAUUGGCGUAGUGUGAGUAGGCCCCUAUAUUUGCUUUGAGGACACAAAAAGAUGUAUUAUGCAUUUUCUUCAAAUGAUCUAAUCUGGUGUGCAAAUAAUUGCUGAAUACAUAUGAAUAUGUGCUUUCGACUAAGACAAGACAUUGUGAACUGCAGUUUCAUUGAGAUAUUUGAAUAGGCUGUUCUUACUGAAGGUCAGCAGUGCUGCCUUUUUUACCUGUAUAU